UGGUCGUGUCCUGACGGCGCGGUUCCCGUGACCCGGCGCUGGUGUCGCCCCCUGGCGGCGCCUUCCCGGCCCGGCGCAGCGAGCCCCGUCCGCACCGUCCCGGGAGCCCCGGCGCAGCGAGCCCCGUCCGCACCGUCCCGCGUCCCGGGAGCCCCGGCGCAGCGAGCCCCGUCCGCACCGUCCCGCGUCCCGGGAACCCCGCGGAGCCCCGGGCCCGGGCAGCCCCCAGCAGCGGCUCCGAGCGUUCCCCGUUCCCUCGCUCCCCACCCGCGGCUCCCCGGGACCAGGCCCGAGCGCCGCCGCCGCCUUUCCGGGGCCGGCGAGGGGCUUCUUGCAGGGGGGCUGCGGCCGGUUGUGCCGCCGGCCCUGCCCGGCCCCGCCGCCGUGAUGAUCAACGCCAUCCUGGUGUUCAACAACCAUGGCAAGCCGCGGCUCGUCCGCUUCUACCAGCACCUGGCGGAGGAGGUGCAGCAGCAGAUCAUCCGAGAGACUUUCCACCUGGUGCUGAAGCGGGACGACCACAUCUGCAACUUCCUGGAGUGCGGCAGCCUGUUUGGCGGCUCGGACUACAAGCUCAUCUACCGCCACUACGCCACGCUGUACUUCGUCUUCUGCGUGGACUCCUCCGAGAGCGAGCUGGGCAUCCUGGACCUCAUCCAGGUGUUUGUGGAGACACUGGACAAGUGCUUUGAAAACGUCUGUGAGCUGGACCUCAUCUUCCACAUGGACAAGGUUCACCACAUCUUGCAGGAGGUGGUGAUAGGUGGCAUGGUGCUGGAGACCAACAUGAACGAGAUCGUGGCACAGGUGGAGGCCCAGAGUAAGCUGGAGAAGGCGGAGGGAGGCCUCUCGGCUGCUCCGUCCCGCGCGGUCUCGGCUGUGAAGAACAUCAACCUGCCGGAGAUCCCUCGCAACAUCAACAUCGGGGACAUCAACAUCAAAGUGCCCAACCUGUCACAGUUCAUGUGAGCGUCCCGCGGCGGGAGGGGGCCGGGCUGGCCCUGCCCCGCGGCGCUGGGCUGGCUGCCGGAGGGUGACGGGGCUCAGGGAGAGCGGGAUGCUGCCGUCUGCCUGUCGCCUGGGCUGUUCUCUCUGGUCUCCCCCAUCAAGGGCUGCCUUUCUUCCCCUCUCUCCUCGCUCCCCAUGGAUGCACAGCCACUCUCCUUGCCGUGGCAGGAAGGGCUGGGUCCUGCCUCUCCCAGCACUUGUUGGCGUUCCCAGUUGUGAAUGUGCACAUGCAGCUGAUGGCUGUGCAGGAGCUGGGUGUUGUGGUCCCUCCAUCCUGCCCUGCCCAGGCUGGGCUGUCCCCUGCCUGCCACCCCCCACACGACCCUGCUCGGGGGCUGUGGCACCUCCUGCAGUACGGCCCCGCAUCCUAAUAAACCACCCUGUGACCCA